AGGGCGGGGUCGCGUGCGGCGGCGGGCGGGGGGUCGGUGCGGCGGCGGUGGUCGGUGCGGCGGCCAUGACGGCGCACAGCUUCGCGCUCCCGCUCGUCCUCUUCUCCGCCUUCUGGGGCCUCGUGGGCGUCGCCGCGCCCUGGUUCGUGCCCAAGGGGCCCAACCGCGGGGUGAUCAUCACGAUGCUGGUCACCACCGCCGUGUGCUGCUACCUCUUCUGGCUCAUCGCCAUCCUGGCCCAGGCCAACCCCCUGUUCGGGCCGCAGCUGAAGAACGAGACCAUCUGGUAUGUGCGCUUUCUCUGGGAGUGAGCCGGCGCCCGGACGGAGACCCCCGCCACCGUCUUGCUGCUGCUCCAGCCUCUGCCCUCCCAUACCAGGCAGCCCCUAGUGGUGCUGGGCCUCCAGCUGGACCUGCUGCCCCAGCACCCCCUGAGCCCUGCAACUGGACACAGCGUCAGCUGGGCCCUCAGCGUCGGUAGGCAGGAGCCCUGCCGGGCCUGGGGGCACAAGCCCUGCGGGACCUGCCCCCAUGAGCCAGGCCCUGUGCAUACCCGUGGUACCUGGGGGAGAGCCCAGCAGCUUGCCGAGUGCUGCAGUCAGUGAUGUUGAUGUCCAACCUGAGUCUUUUCCUGGAGAGAGAUCGCUGUGGCUGGCCAGUACAUCCCUCCUGCAGUGCUUGCCAUGCUCCUCGCAGUGCACUCAGCCCUGGGCUCUCCUUGUGUGAAAUCCUGCUCCCAUCCCAACCUAGUUACAGUAUCCCUCAUCUCCUCUUUAGGCCCUGGCUGCCCCUGUGCAGGAGCAGACAGGAGCCUGUGGCAUUCUCUCUAUGUUCAGUCCCCUGGGGGAGCCUGGGCAUGUAGUGGAGUCCCCUGUGCUAAGACAGGUUCUGGCUGUGGGUGGGAGAAGGGAGAUCUGACCCUGGAGGAGCAUGCUGACCCUCUUCAACAUGAAAGAGGAGGUGGUAGAGGUGCCAGGCAGCCAGCUCUAGCUGGGGGUGAAGGGAUGCUGUGAGGGUUAAGCAGCAGCAUCUAGGUACUGCCCCUCUUGCCUGUGUCAAUGUUCAGGGAAGAACUGAGUAUCAAGUAGUGUCCUAGAUCAGAUCUCUUCCUUUAUUUAUCAGAUAACUGAUCUGUAUUUAUUUAUUUAUUUAUUUAUUUGUCUGUGUUUGAUAAAUUUGUGUUGUGAAAAUAAAUCAUUUUCUAGUAAGUGAUGCUGGAGGCAGUAGUCACUUACUUACUGCUCUGA